AUGUCUGGAACUAGUGAGCUUCGACUAUCUAGUCAAACAACCACCGCCCUAUUUGGGUCCGAAAUCAAGCAAGAGGAUGAGGCACAUCCACAGUGGUUCAAAGACAAACCCACGACUACUACCGCCACAGCUGAUAUUGUAGUAAAUCUUUAUCAAGAGGCAUGGGACGCAUGUUUAGAAUGGCAAGGGAGAUUUCAACAGCUCUGCGAAACCAACACCAUAGCACUUAGGGCCUACGAGGCAGAUAUUGUUUGCGCCAUCGAUCAGAUAGAUUGUCUGCGUCAUGAAAAAGCCAAUAUGCAGGAUCAAAUGCAGAGCAAAGACACUGAAAUCAGUAAUUUGAUCAAGUCACUGAGUCAUACUUUCGCAGCCAAGGAGCGGAUAUUUGAGGAAUGUGAGAAGCAAAGAUUUCAAAGAGAAUUUGGCGAUCUUAUUCUCAGCCAAUACCGCGAAGAGAUCGUUGAGCACAAGGCGGCAGCGAAGGAAAAGGACCGGAUUAUAGAGGAGCUGGUAGAAUUGAUAGCGACCAUUGAAUCCGAACUGGGGGACCUAAGGGCCAAGCCGAACUGGGUUGAUGUCAAAGGUGUGGGAGUUGAUACUCGGGGAACAAACGAAUACCGAAAGUCUCAACUAGGGUCGGGUGACCACAUGGGGAAGACAAGUACCGCUCAGGGCAGGCGUGGCCGCCGGCGCCAACACAAUGGAAGUAAGAUACACUAG